AUGUCUUUCACCGCAGGAAAACAGUUGCUGCACAGGGUUCUGUCCCGUGUGAGGAGCUUAAACGCUACAAUUCGUCCACAAGCUUGUUGUUGCAUCAGGCACCGCUCGCAUCUUGCAGAGGGCCAUCACCAGAAGCUACGAAGAACGUUCUUCGGCAGCAGCGUUUGUGAAUCAAGACCAGCCUCGUGCCACAGGACAACACGCAUUACCUUCCAGAGGACUUACAGCACGGACACAAAGCCACCGUGUGAAACACAUGGAUCCGAAGGCAAACCGGAGCAGGAUUCAAGUGUACGGGUGCCGCUGGCGAAACUCAAGGGGAAAAUGCUGUUGUCGUUUGUCUGCAAGAAAUGUUCCACGCGAGUGACGAAGGCAAUCUCCAAGAUUGCUUAUGAAAAAGGUGUCGUCAUCGUCAAAUGCAGCGGAUGUGAAAAUAACCACCUCAUAGCUGACAACCUGGACUGGUUUCCCGACCUGGAAGGAAAACGGAAUAUUGAAGACAUCCUGGCAGCGAAAGGGGAAAAAGUACGCAAGACGCUGGUGGAGGACGAGAUGCUCGAAGUCACCAACAAAUAA